CAGACAGAGAGCGAGAGACAGACAGAGAGCGAGAGACAGACAGAGAGGAAGGGGGAGAGAGUGGAAGGAGGGAGUGAGGCUGAGAGACAGCAACAGUGAGAGGGAGGGAGUGAGUGGGACAAACGGGACGCCGCGACCACCAGUACUAUGAACACUGACCGGCGCUCCUACCCGCUCGCUUUGUCCGGCAAAAUCACUGUUUCCUUUCGGAGCUUCGUCGACUAGUAACCAUUUCUCCAGCGGCUUUUUCUUUAGUUUCUGUUUAUUUUUUGUUUUGUUUUCUUAUUGGGAGCUGCCAGUUUGUGAAGUGACGGGGUAACUUUUUCUCUGGACUUUGUGUUGUUGUUUUUUUUUUUAUCCCCCUCCCGGCCUGGCCGAGUGCGAGGAGAGGGGGGUGGUGUCUACGGUAGGGUAGGGUCGGGGGGGUGAAAUACCCGAGGGGAAAAUAACUUUGUGUCAGAGAGUGGAUACAGUGUGUCGGGGAGGGGAUACAGUGUCAGAGCGGAUAGUGUGUGUCAGAGAGUGUUACAGUGUGUCAGAGAGCGGGUUGUCUGCGUUAGGGAGGGGAUAGAUAGUUUGUGUCAGGGAUCCAUCGCUGGAUACAGUGCGAGCCAUGGCCGAGGCGCCGCCAAUGCAACACGUCGUGGAGAUCGACCCGGAUUUCGAGCCGCAGUGCCGGCCGCGAUCAUGCACCUGGCCUCUGCCCCGGCCCGACUUCAGCUGCGCCUCGUCGCCGGCUUCCUCGGUCAAGCAAGACGGGCCGGGCGACUUCAACCUGACGCCCGAAGGUGCGGGCCGGGCGAGCGCGUCGGUGUCGCCUGCUCUGGUGUUGGAGGAACAGGAGGAAGACUUGGAGGCGAAGCCGCUGGUGCUGGCGCCCGAGUGCUGCGGCGACCUCCAGUGUGCGCUCCCCGACGGCUGCCACCACCACCACCAGCAGCAGCAGCAGCAGCAGCAGCAGCAACAACAGCAGCAGCAGCAACAAGUGUCGCCGGCCGCCGCCGCCUCGGCUGCCCAGAGGAAGAGCAGUUCUUCCCGCAGAAACGCCUGGGGCAACCUGUCGUACGCCGACCUCAUCACCAAAGCCAUCGAGAGCUCCCCCGAAAAGAGACUCACACUGUCGCAGAUCUACGACUGGAUGGUCCGCAGUGUCCCUUACUUCAAAGACAAGGGAGACAGCAACAGCUCAGCUGGAUGGAAGAACUCCAUCCGCCACAACCUGUCGCUCCACAGCAAGUUUGUGCGGGUGCAGAACGAGGGGACGGGCAAGAGCUCCUGGUGGAUGCUGAACCCUGAAGGCGGCAAGAGCGGCAAGUCGCCGCGGAGGAGGGCGGCCUCCAUGGACAACAACAGCAAGUUUGCCAAGAGCCGGGGCAGGGCGGCGAAGAAGAAGGCGGCCAUGCAGGCUGGCCAGGACGGCGGAGCGGACAGCCCCGGCGCGCAGUUCUCCAAAUGGCCCGGAAGCCCCAACUCCCACAGCAACGACGACUUUGACGCCUGGACCACCUUCCGGACGAGGACCGGCUCCAACGCCAGCACGUUGAGCGGCCGGCUAUCCCCCAUCAUGCCAGAGCAGGAAGAUAUCGUCGACGGUGAGGUCCACCAGAUGUCACCCUUGGUCUACCCCGGCAGCACCGGCAAAAUGGCCUCGACUUUGCCCAGUCUCAGCGAGAUGACUGGCUCCAUCAACAGUUCCAUGACGGAGAACGUGAUGGAAGAUCUUUUGGACAAUUUGAAUCUCUUGUCCCCAAACUCGUCCAUGGUGGCAUCCACACAGCCUUCCUCCGUGUCGCUCAUGCAGCCAGGAGGCGGCUACUCCUUUGUGCCCCAGAACCCGCCCCUUGGCGCGCAGACGCCAGACUACAGGAAAUGCCUGUACACCCAGAGCAACAUGGGUUCCCUGCCCCAGAUCCCAAUGCAGGCCUUCCAGGAGAAGAAGCAGAACUUUGGUCCCAUCACCCAGUACAACUGUGCCACGGGGCUCCUCAAAGAGCUGCUGACGUCCGACUCGCCCCCGCACAGCGACCUCUUGCCCCAGGUGGAGGCGGUGGCGUCCCAAGCAGGCGGCAGGAUGGGCGGCCAGAACCUGAUGGUGCCCGCCGCGGUCAGGUCCAGCUACGCCGACCAGGUCCACGCCAAGCUGAUGGCCCCCGGCGCCCUGCCACACGGCCUGCACGGCCCGCACCCCCUGGCCAUGAACGGCCGCCUACUGCCGCACACGGUCAGCAUCAUGGCCCACCCCGCCAACCUGCGCCACCUCGCCACCCCCAAGACCCAGCUCCACAUGCCCAUGUCCUUGCAACUCAACGCCAUGGACCCCUACUCUAUCCACAGCAACGGGGGCUACGGAAGGAUGAACCUGGCCGCCAUGGGCCAGGAGAAGCUCCCCAGUGACCUGGACGAUAUGUUAAUCGAGAGCCUGGACUGUGACAUGGAAUCGAUCAUCCGCAACGACCUGAUGGAUGGCGACACUCUGGACUUUAACUUUGACUGCUACUCAACCAGUUCAAAAACAUCCACUCACAACUGGGUCUCUGGCUAGAUAUCCAUCACAGGAUUCUCUGAAGACAGCACGCCUGGAGUGACAUCAGGAAUUGGGGGAAAGCAAUCCAAAGAUGUCCUUCGCCCCUCGUUGAAUCCUCUCGACACACGCUCCCUUUUCCCCUCUCAUCGGACUCGGCAGCACGGACAGGAUAUUUGCCCGCUGUCCCUGCUGCUACGGACAAGGUCUCUGGAAUUUGGAACUUGUUUGGUGAAGAAGUGCCAAACUCACUACAGAAUGUCACGCAGAUUGUGUGCACAGUUCACAACUCUCUCCUUCUGGUCAAGGGCCUGAUUUGGUCGUCAAUGUCGGCUGUAACAAACUCUGGUCCCAAAACCCGACGGCCCUUCUCGCAAGCGUCAGCGAUGGUGUGUCCAUAUGGUCGUAGGUUCCAGGAGCAGAAUUAGGCCAUUCGGCCCAUCAAGUCGAUUCCACCAUUCAAUCAAGGCUGCCUAUCUUUCCCCCUCAAGCUCGUUCUCCUGCCUCUGUGUUGUGGAGAGAUUCGAUGCAAUGACACACACACACACACACACACUCGCUGCCUGUUUGGAAGCAUUGUCCUCUCAGACAUCAGACUAAGCUGGAACUAGGACACAGGCCAAUGUCCAAGCCUGCUGACCUGGCUGUAGUGACAUUUAAUUGCACUAGUUAUUCGCAUUUGUUAAGCCUUAAGAUGGACUGCUUGCACAUUUCAAAUGUUUUUUGACAUGGAUUGGUUUUGCUCUGCCACUGAUUAUUUAGAGAUUGAUCCAACAAUGUACAGUAUAUAUUGCCAAUGGAGAUAAUGGAAGAUUUUUUCUAAAUCAACCCUUAAAAGAUUUUGUAUCCCCAGUUUAAAAAAUCAAUUUGAUUUGAAAGUAAAGAUGGGGCGGGGGGGAG